CCCACAGAGUCCUCUGGUGACCCAUAAGAGCUCCACAUCGCCAUGGGCAGUUGGUCCAGUAAAGAGUGUCCGGGAUCCAGCACUCAGGCAGCCUUGCUGGGCCAGGAAGAGCCCACUGAGUCUGUCAUACUAGGUAAGGCAUGGCCUCCCAUCUCGGUCUGAGCACAGCACAAGACUCUGGGAAACAGGCCAGUACUAGCCUCUCUCAGAUGUGCAAUGUCCUCAGAGGUCAGUCUACCUGGGGUUGUCUUGACUGAAACCUAUAGGGAAUUGGAAGUGUGCACAACAGCCAGGUCUAUUUAUGGUUAAGGACAAUCAUUGGAUGACCUGCAUCUGAUUUCAACUUUCAGAUCGAAACAAUGCAGACAUUUUUUUUGUUCAUGUUUCUAUGGAUACAUGGUGUGGUGAUGCCCCAGAUGUUUAGAUGUUUAGCCCCUCCGUUAAGUAUGACCAUAGUUGGUGUGCAAGACAGAGGGAAAAAAAACAGACCUGGUCUUCUGUUGAACCACCAGAGGCGAGAAGCGCGAGUGUGAAAUAACUCAAUUCGCCUUUGCACUCCUUCUAAACAAUGCCAUUUUUUAAAACUUUGGCAAAGGGUAAAGUCUACAAAACUUUGUCCACUCUGUUCGUAACAGGUUCUAGUUUUUGGAACAGAAAACUGUAUUGAGAUCAAAUGUUUAAAUCAGUGGGAAAUUAACCGAAUGUCGGCCCAAAUCCAUCUCCUUCCAUCUUCUCCCACUGCCAGCCACUGGACUUCAUCUCAGCACCAUACUUGGUAGUGAUUGGAAACGCCAAGCGGAUGCUUCACAUUUAUACAUCCGGUGAAAUAUCUGUUUCAUUGUUCGAUCUGUGGCUGUACUCCCUCUGGUCACCCUCUAGAAACGGUGUGAAACCAGGUGACAUUGAAUUCCUCAAGAUGUUAGUUGAUGAAGAUCACAUCAAUCAUUUUGCUCAUUUUUGUUUUUGUAACUUGGAAGUGUCUUGCCUAACCAUGACUACUCAAGUUCAAAGUGUGAAGUACAAACAUACAUGUACAAUGAUAUUUUAUCCCAAAUGCAGUGCUUUUUGUAUCAUUUUUUCCCCCCCUCAGCAUGAAAAUACUGUGUUGUCAUGGUUUGCGGUUCUCCUAGUAGACUGACACUAAUGUUUUGUGUAUCUGUUCUGUCUACAGAGAGCAGCAGCUAUGUGGUAGUGGCCCUGUAUAACUAUCCCACUGGACACCCAGCACACUGCAGCAUCCGUGCCGGAGAGAGACUCGACGUGCUUUCAGAGUAAGAAACCAUAGCCUCUGCAUACAACUACCAUAAUUACUACUGCUACUGUGAUGUGUGGUUUUUCCUGUAAUAACCUAGGUAUCUCUUGUGUUUCUGUGAAUGUGCAUGUCUACAUAGUGAGGGGGAGUGGUGGAAGGUGAGUUCCUCUGCCACAGGCAAUGAGAGCUACAUCCCCAGCAACUACACAGCCAGGGUGUACCACCGGUUAGUCCACUGAUCCAUCUGACUAUUCCCCUUAGAAUAUCUAUUUACAUGGCUCUGUCUAUUUCUAUGGCUGACUCUAUCUCUCUUUUCUCAUCCUAGGUGGCAGUAUGAGGGUCUCAGCCGGAAAAAAGCUGAGGAGCUCCUGUUGCUGCCCUAUAACCAGACUGGCUCUUUUCUGGUCCGCGAGAGUCAGACCCGCCCUGGUCAGUUCAGGUCACAUUCCAGGCUACACAUGAUCAAACGCUAAACAAGAACAGGGAAAACCAUCUUAAAAAACCUUGUUGAUAAACCCGAAGUGAUAAUAGGUUGUGACUGAAGUAUGGUCUACACUCUAGGUGCCAACUCCCUGUCGGUGCGUAAGAGCAGUGACCAGGAUCGUCGCUCAGUCAAACACUACCGGAUCCAACAACUGGACAACGGCUGGCACUACAUCUCCCCUGGCCUCACCUUCCCCAACCUCAGAGCCCUGGUGGACCACUACUCCGGUCAGCAUAGGUGGUUUAAAGCGUUUACAGUAGUGUAGAAAAUGCUGACAGCUGUAGUUACAACUUUUCAAGCCCUUUUGUGUCCAACCCACGCAUUUGAACCUUUGCACAAGUAGCAGUGGGUUAAAAGCUGGGGACACUUAAAGUGUUGUCAGUCAUUAUAUUGUAGCAUUCAUGUUAAGGCUGAGUUGUAACAGACUGAUUGACCUCUCCUUCCAGAGGUCGCUGAUGGGCUGUGCUCUCUGCUGGGGGAGCCCUGCUUCAUCCAGGGGUCCAACAACGUUCCCGUGGUUACUGGCUCACCCCCCAUGUCUGUCAGGAAGCCCACCCUCAACUGGAAAGAUAUGGACAGGUGAGGUAAUUUACUGUUGUGGUACAGUAAUAAGGUGCCAGUCAAUUGAAAUCAAUUCAUUAGGCCCUCAUCUAUGGAUUUCACUGGGCAGGGGCACAGCCAUGGGUGGGCCUGGGAGGGCACAGGCUCAACCACUUGGGAGCCAGGCUCAGCCAAUCAGAAUGAGUUUUCCCCCCACAAAAGGGCUUUAUUACAGACAGAAAUACUCCUCAGUUUCAUCAGCUGUCCGGGUGGCUGGUCUCAGACGAUCCCGCAGGUGAAGAAGCCGGAUGUGGAGGUCCUGGGCUGGUGUGUUUACACGUGGUCUGCGGUUGUGAGGCCGGUUGGACGUACUGCCAAAUUCUCUAAAAUGAUGUUGGAGGCGGCUUAUGGUAGAGAAAUUAGCAUUCAAUUAUCUGGCAACAGCUCUGGUGGAAAUGUAUGCAGUCACCAUGCCAAUUGCACACUCCCUCAAAACUUGAGACGUCUGUGGCAUUGUGUUGUGACAAAGCUGCACAUUUUAUAGUGGCAUUAUUGUUCCCAGCACAAGGUGCACUUGUGUAAUGAUCAUGCUGUUUAAUCAGCUUAUUGAUAUGCCACACCUGUCAGGUGGAUAUAUUAUCUUGGCAAAGGAGAAAUGCUCACUAACAGGGAUGUAAGCUUUGUGCAUAUGGAACAUUUCUGGGAUAUUUUAUUUCAGCUCAAGAAACAUGGUACCAACACUUUACAUGUUGCAUUUAUAUUUUUGUUUAGUAUAUAUUUCUUUGUCAGCAUUUCCUCACUAAUGGGGGUUCUCUAUGUCUGUCUGCAGCUCCAUGAUUUUUGGCAAGGACAAAGGCCAGGACAAUGAGGAUUCCCUGGUGAGCGAGGGAUUGAGAGAGGCCAUCAAAUCCUACCGCUUCAUGACAGAGGACUGCAAAGGCUGCAGCCAGAAAUGGGACAGCUGAGCAUGGAUCUGGCUUCAUAAAGACAGGGAGAUACUCAGAUGAAAAGACUGUAAGAUGGAGAGCUUCACAACAAGCUACUCAUUGAGGCUGAGGGGAUCCUGAGGACCAGACAUUCUGGCCAUGAUCCCAAUGGAUCUCUAACAUUAAAGGAAUGUUGUUGAGGGAACUGGAAAUCACAACUCAACCGCUGCAGAGAACCAUGGUUCUCAAAGCUAUGGUUGUAGAGUGCUCAACAUUACAUUGCCAAGCAGCUGAGGCCCAUCUUUGUUUGGAUUCAUGACCAGAAUAUAUUUUUAGAUCCUGGAGGCAGACUAUGCUAGACUUGACAGAAAGAAGGGAGUAUCUGUCCCCAUAGGAAUACAAGUGUGUCAGAACAAAUCCAACUGAUUAUAUGUUGUAACAUGAAACAAGUGUCCUGAAAGAGAGAUGACCAAAUGAUGCUCAUUGUGUGCAUGAUCUCUGUAAUGUUAAACUAAAUAGUAGGUAUGAAGAGAGUGACAUGAUAUGUUGAAAUAUCAUGAUCUUUGAUAGACUGUGUAUUGAAAUGUUCCAUUCAACCUUGCUCAUGAUUAUGAGUAACCACAGCUGAUUACAAUGUUCCUUACAGAAAGUAGUUUGAAAGUGAGAUAUACAGCCAUAUGAAAGUGAUCCCGUAACAUCAAUAACAAGACUAUUUGGUUGGUUUUGUUGAAGUGUGCUACCUUGAAAACAAGGAACUGUGAGGUAUAAAAAUGAGUCUGUUCGACGUAUGUGAUUUCUGUUCUGAACAUUAACACCUUUUAGCUGUUGCUUGUUCUCCUCCGCACCACAGUCUUGACUUUGGCACAGGAAAUGGUCAAGGUGCAGAGGAAAGAAUGAUGGCGUGGCAGAGAGAGACAGCAGAAAGUUGAGAUAGUGGUAAAGAGCAUCUCAAAGUUAUGUAAAAUAUUAUGGUAUGAAACACUGAAAUGUUUUUAUGUGGUUUCAUCAACAA